AUGGUGUCUGUAAACCCCAGACCCAGACCUGCUCAGGAUUUUCCAUUUUUCGUUCCCGCGGGUAUCAAUUCGGCGGCGCCGGACUCCGAUGGAUUUGGUUUGAAUCCGAUUGCAACGAUGCCGGUCACCGGAGAGAGCAAUGCGAAAUCGUUUUCUGAGGAUUUGACGACGAAUAUUCGGAAGCCUUACACUAUCAAAAAGUCUAGAGAGAAUUGGACUGAGCAUGAACACGAUAAAUUCCUAGAAGCUCUCCACUUAUUCGAUCGAGAUUGGAAGAAAAUUGAGGCGUUUGUUGGAUCAAAGACAGUGGUGCAGAUUCGUAGCCACGCACAGAAAUAUUUUCUCAAGGUUCAGAAGAGCGGUGCUAAGGAACAUCUUCCACCUCCUCGGCCAAAGAGGAAAGCGACUCAUCCUUAUCCUCAAAAGGCUCCCAAAAAUGUUGCUCUUACGUCCCUCCCAGCUUCAAAUGCACCGUUGCUUGAACCUGGUUACUUGUACAGCUCUGAUCCACAGUCAUUGCUGGGAAACCAGGCUGUUUGUGCCUCUAGCUCUUCUUCUUGGAGUCAUGAUUCAUUAAAUCCCCCAAAACCAGUGGCUGAAGAGGAACCAGGAGUCUCGGCGAUGGCUCUCCGGAAGGAAGUUUUACGGGCGGCGACAGAGACAAGUGAUGGAGAAAGUUGUGAAAAGCCACAUCGAGUGAUGCCGAAUUUUGCUGAAGUAUACAGCUUCAUUGGAAGCGUCUUUGAUCCCAACACAUCUGGUCACCUCCAGAGAUUAAAGCAGAUGGAUCCAAUAAAUAUGGAAACGGUUCUUAUACUGAUGAGAAACUUGUCUGUAAAUUUGACAAGUCCAGAGUUUGCAGAACAAAGGAAGUUGAUAUCAUCAUACAGCUCAAAAGCCUUGAAAUAG